ACAAAUGUAAAAAGAGGCAGACCAGGAAGUAAAACACAUGACUGUACAGGGAAAACUAGGAGGAGUAGGGAGAAAGUUAACAUGCUGCAUAGACAAUCUUUGUUUAAUGUAAACAAUGUCCGCAGGGUUCUCUCGGUUUCCAGCGUUUCUAAAUGACAGAAACCGGGUUUUUACUCGAGCAUGUUUUACAGAAAGCUCCCCGGCGGAGCGUUCAUCGGCAGGUCGAUUCAGCUCCGUGUCCAGCUUCAUAAACGACUCGUAAAGAUGUCAGUGAUGAAGCCUUCAGAGGAGAGGAGCUCGGAGCGAGGGAGAAGCAGCUGCAGCCUGCAGACCAGUGAAGACAGGAGCGCUGCAGCUGCACAGAGGCUGACGGAGCAGGAAGUGACCAUCCACAGACUCCACCGGGAGGCGUGUGAGGCAAAGAAGCAGAUGUAUGUGGACCCUUCCAGUGGGUAUAAGGUGUUCACAGAGUAUGCCCACCUUCAGAGAGGGAAAUGCUGCGGCAGCGCCUGCAGACACUGUCCAUAUGGCCAGGUCAACGUGAAGGACCCUGCGAUGAGGAAACGCUUCAACUCCCUGUUUUAUGUAUAGAGCUGUAACUAGGCAGAGGAGGCGUCGGGGAAAGCGGCGCCGCUUGAUUUGUGAGUGCAUGUGGGAAGGCAGCGCGGCGCCUCCGGGCUCCUCUGUCUCUCUCUGCUGCUCUGAAGAUGCCACACACACUCGCCCGUCUCCGCCUGAUUGGGCAAACAGCGUCGUGAUGAGAGGAUGUGUCUGCCGCCGCGUCCACGGCAGGUGGGUUCCCCGAAGGCUGGCUGGCGCUUUACAGUGAUCGGAGCAAAAGCCCGUCGAGCGGCUAUACAAGCAGACUAGUGAUCCCAACAUGACUGGCUGGGCAGGACGGGUUCUGCGGCGGGUUUGUUUGGGGCGGGUUUGUUGGUGCUCCUCUAAGCAGAGGCAGCGGAGCGUGCGGCGGCUGCGGCGGGACGGUGAAGGUGUCACACUCAUCAACUGCAGCCCUACCUGGGGCCCGCUUGCCUGCUGCAGCUCCGUGGGGUUUUUUGCCUCGGGACUUGUCUGUCACAUUAAAGUAGAUGCAUUGCCAUUCAGGACCUCGGCGGUCCCGCAGCCUGACCAUGAAAUAGGCCAACUUUCAUGUCUGCCCUCAUCCCCUCCGCGUCUUCCAAUCCAGGUUUGAGUCCCACCCCAGCUCCCCCCUACACACACACACACCACACACACCCCAUUAUGCUCUAACUAAGCAGUUGGUGACUGCGACACAACAGCGGGAGAUUCUGUUGAAUCUUAUCAGUUCACGGUUAUCACAGGCUUCAGGCUUUUUUUAUGAGCAUUUUUAUCAUUUGUUUUAAUCUGGUAAAAAUCAGUUCCUUGUUUUAGGCUUCGCUUUGUACAGGUAGUCUGGACCCUGUGCUAUUGUGAAAUGAUUGUUACAGGCAUGGACUUGUUUAAGUUUUAAAUUUCACUCAAUGGCUAUUUGGUCCUGACAUAAUGCACCAGCUCCAUGAAGCUUACCGGAAGCUGUAAACAAUCAUCAAACACUGCAAAGAGAGAAGUGUAGAACCAAAUGAGGCAGCUGUCAAUGUUAGUUCGAUAUUUAGAAGCGUGGACUGAAUGGUUUCCUUCACUUCCUCUGCUGCAAUUACUAAAACUACAGGCAGACUAGGAUUUUAAAACAGCAAUCGAUGUCAUCUUUCACAACUAGUCCCUCUGUUCUCUGAUUGGGUCAGUUGAAAUUCUA